CCCCUCCCACCCCCUCUCUAUCUCCAGCACCUCGCCCCCCUCCUUCACAGAGCCCCACGAACACAGGUACACCCUGAGGACUUCGCCCCGUAGGGCUGGCUGCGGCGGGGGCAAGGCUGUGGCCCCCUCCUCCUCCCCCAAACCCUGCUCCCCUCCCAGGGACAACGGCCCUCUGUGGGAGGGGUUGGAGGCGGGGAGAGAGCUGGACGCUACUCCGGCUACUCCUAAUCCCUCCUCCGGCUCCAGAAUCCAGGCCAGGGAGGGGUCUCCCCUGUCUGUCCCCAUGGAGCAGGGGAACGGGGGGGCCAGCGGGGGCCACGGGGAGCUCUGCGGGGCCAAGGGAGUUCUAAACAGGAAGGAGGUGCCAGGAGGAGGAGGAAGUCAACAGGAGGAGGAAGAGGAACCAGAUGUGUAUUACUUUGAGUCAGACCACCUGACCCUCAAACACAACAAAGAUUACCAGAGGUUACUCCAGACUGUAGGGGUGUUGGAGGCCCAGAGAACUCAGGGGAUACUGGACUUGGAGCGUCUGGCCAGACAUCAGAGAGAAGCUCUCCAAGACCCCGUCAGCUUUGUGGAGCAGCUGCAGAAACAGGUGGAGUUGGACCUGCCGCGGCCCCAGAGAGUGGUUCAGCUGCCAGACAUCUCAUGGGACCAGUACACCUCGGGGCUGGGAGACUUCGAGGGGGAGUUCUGUGACAAGAAACGCAAAACCAGGAGGCUCAAACUUAUAUUCGAUAAGGUUAGGUUACCAGUCCGACCAAAAAGCCCUCUGGAUCCCAAGAAGGAGGAGGAGGGUGAACCGUCAACCCUGUACUCUGCUCUGCCCUCUAGUGACGCUCCUGAGAACAGCAGCAACUCACAGAUGAUCCGAGGGAGGCUGUGUCACCAGAGUAAACCUGACACCUUCAACCAGCUGUGGACCGUGGAGGAGCAGAAAAAGUUGGAGCAUCUGCUGCUGAAGUUCUCUCCUGAGGAGGUGGAGUCUAAACGCUGGCAGAAGAUAGCUGACGCCCUUGGCAACAGGACAGCUAAACAGGUGGCCAGCCGCGUUCAGAAGUACUUCAUCAAACUGACUAAAGCAGGAAUCCCUGUUCCUGGGAGGAUCCCUAACAUGUGUAGCAAGAAGGUGUCCAAUAAGAGGCAGCACCACCUGAACAAGCACCUGUACCGACCGUCCACCUUCCUGACGUCAUAUGAGCCUCCUGUCUAUAUGGAUGAAGAGGAUGAGAGAGCUGCCUACUAUAGCUCUCUACAGGACCCUGAUGGAGACCACUCGGAUGAGGAUGGUGUACCUGUGGAGUUGAGACACCUGCCGGAGUACAAGGAGCUUCUGGAGCUGAAGAGGAUGAAGAAACACAAACUACAGGAGAUCCAGGCUGAGAGCGGCAUGGCCCUUCACCAUGGAUACAAGUGUGACGUGUGUGGUGUGGAGCCAAUCCAGGGGGUGCGGUGGCAUUGUCAGGACUGUCCCUCAUACAACGCUGUAGACUUCUGCUCCAACUGCUCCGACUGCCUGUACAAGACUGAGAGCCACGCGCCCGGCCACCGUCUGGAACCUGUCUAUCACCAUGAGACCUUCCUAGACAGGGACUACUGCCUGGAUCAGACCCCUGGAUAUAACUAUCUGGACCCAAACUACUACCCUGCUAACAGAUGACAGCAUGGCCCUUAAACUCAGCCCAAGGGCCACAGAUACAGACCCCUAGCUUCCUGGUCCAACCCUGGGGCCACAGCUACAGACCCCUAGCUUCCUGGUCCAACCCAAGGGCCACAGCUACAGACCCCUAGCUUCCUGGUCCAACCCUGGGGCCACAGAUACAGACCCCUAGCUUCCUGGUCCAGCCCUGGGGCCACAGUUUCAGUUACACCGGGCGGCUCCUACCAGGUUCAGCUUCAGGGGCCACAGUUUCAGUUACACCGGGCGGCUCCUACCAGGUUCAGCUUCAGGGGCCACAGUUUCAGCUACACUCCAGCGGCCCCUAGCCUCAGCCAGCAGAAGCCUCCAGCCGGCAGGCCAGACUGUAUGGCUCCAGACCUUGAGAACCUAGACAGCUCUCACCCCAGCUACCCUGCUCACCCCAGCUACCCUGCUCACCCCAGCUACCCUGCUCACCCCAGCUACCCUGCUCACCCCAGCUACCCUGCUCACCCCAGCUACCCUGCUCACCCCAGCUACCCUGCUCACCCCAGCUACCCUGCUCACCCCAGCUACCCUGCUCACCCCAGCUACCCUGCUCACCCCAGCCCACUAGCCCAGCAGUAUGGCAGGCAUUGGGUCUCUGGGAGGGGGUCUGGGAGGGGG